AUGGUCGCAACAAUAUCAAUAAAAGAAGCAAUGAAGAUAGGUUUCAUCGGAGGCGGUAAACUUGCUUACGCUUUGGCAAAUGGCUUCGUUUCUGCAGGAUUGGCCAAACCCGACGAGAUUACUGCUAGUUGUCACCCAGCAGAUAAGGCUAGCGCCGAAGCAUUCAAAAGCCUAGGAGCUACAGCGCUAUUUGAAAACAAAUCGGUCGUGGAACGCUCAGAAGUAGUCAUAGUUUCUGUUAAGCCAGAUGUAGUGGUGCCAGCUCUCAAAGAUGUCAAAGAUCUGGCUGCAUCCAAAAAUAAAUUAUUCAUAUCAGUGGCCAUGGGCGUUUCGACAAGCACCAUUGAGAAGGCAUUACCAUCAGAAGCACGCGUGAUUCGCGUGAUGCCAAACACUCCGGCUCUAGUCAAGGAAGGUGCUGCAGCUUUAAGUAGAGGAUCAAAAGCUACAGCUGAAGACGCCAAGUUGGCAGCCGAGCUGUUCCGAGCUGUUGGCACGUGUGACGAGGUGCCAGAGUAUCAGAUGGAUGCCGUCACAGCUUUGAGUGGCAGUGGUCCAGCUUAUGUGUACAUGCUGAUAGAGUCUUUAGCUGAUGGUGGGGUCCGAUGUGGGUUGCCUAGAGACCUGGCCCUUCGGCUCGCCACUCAGACCACGAGAGGAGCUGCCAGUAUGCUCAGUACUGGAAGUCAUCCAGCUGUAUUGAAGGAUAACGUGACUUCUCCAGCUGGUUCUACAGCUGAAGGGACCUAUCACCUGGAACAGAAUGGGUUCAGAUCAGCUGUUAUUGGAGCAGUAAUGGCUGCGACGAAUAGAUGUAAGGUCGUCAACGAACAAUUAAAUAAAUGA